CUAGAAUCCGGAGCAACACCUAAUCUGCUGGAGGCUCCAACAACGUCCGUGGAAGGAAAGGAAAGGAAUUGCCAAUUUGAAGCACUAAUGCAGGAUUUCGACUCGAAACGUCACCAGUUCCUUUCCUCCACCCCCUCCUUACGCGACGCGCCGAGUUCCGGUCGUUCCCCUUUUAUUUCUGCUCUUUAGAGGGCGCAGGCACUUUGCGGCAGCGUUCUCCUUUCUUUGGGAAAAGGGACGCCCACUGAACCUUCACCGGCGAUCAGAUGGUCCCGGGAUUGGAUAAGGGUGACAGAAAAGAGAGAGUAUGUGUAAACGUUACAGAAGGCUCGCCUCCCUGCUGAGGUGGACGUGCGGAAGCCCGAAGCAUCCACGGUUUCUGUAGAGUACGACUGAGGUUGUGGAGGCGCUUCUGCCAAUAGACCGGCGAGACCAGAGACUUGCAGAAACGUGAUCUCUCACGGGGUUUUGUUACGGUACUGCCCCCUCCCUUUUCUUAAAAUGCCGAUCAAGGACGUAACAUCCUCCUGAACGGCGGGCAUUUAACUGCAAGGUUGUACGUAAAGGAGCUUUCCCCAGUUGGUACUUGGAAGUCUACUCGCCACUUCCACAGUUUCACAGUCCGGUAGCAUCAAGGAAUCGGGAGCCCGAAGCAAAGCAGUGCUGAUGUUUGAGAAUGCCACAGCCGACGGUGAGAUUAAUCGUGACUGGUGAUGACUUUGGUUACUGUCGGAGGCGGAAUCGUGGUAUCAUGGAAUGUUUCAAAGCAAAAGCGAUUUCCAAUGCAUCCUUGCUGGUGAAUGGGAGUGCAGCUAAAGAGGCUGCUGCAAUGGCUACCAGAAACAGGCUUCCCCUUGGCCUUCAUGCGAAUCUGUCUGAGGGUUUACCUGUCUGUGAACAACUCCGAAUGGGCUCUUCCUUGGUCAACAAGGAUGGCUUUUUCCAUGGGAAAAUGGGAAUUCGGGAAGUGCUGAAGAGCGGCCACAUCAACCUAUCUGAGGUUGAUAAGGAGCUCAGAGGUCAAGUGGAUCUAUUCUGCGAACUGACCGGCCGUUUACCUCUUCAUAUGGAUGGGCAUCAGCAUGUUCAUGUUUUACCAGGUAUCCGUGAUGUAUUUGCCCAAGUGCUUUCAGAUUAUGGCAUCGUUUACACUCGUGUUCCUGUGGAGCCAGGCCUGCAUUGCUGUGAUCAGAUAGCACAGCAUCUCAUGGACUUCUACCUACAGGUUGAAAAGGAUGCAUUCAAUUCAGUGGAAGUUUUCCAGCGACAUGGAAUUAGGUGGCCCGAUAUCUACAUUGGCCUAACGACAAUGGGGAAGGAUAUGUCAGUGUCCAAUCUCCAGACGGCCAUAGAAAACGGCAUAGCAACGAGGAAAGUGAAGCAUCACCAGUGGUUGGAAGAUUUUCCUGCGGAUGCCCAAAGACAAGAUGAUACCAUAUUGACUAUGGAGUUAAUGGUUCAUCCUGGGUAUUCCAGCUAUCCCAACGAAGGCGGAUGCGGUGAAGGACCAGACGAGUUCUCCCUAUCUGCAGAUCGGCUUCAUGAACUGGAAGUCCUCAAGGCGCCUAAGCUACUAAAAUAUUAUGAACAGAGGAAUAUACAAUUGUGUGCUUUUAAAGACUUAUAAUAGUAUUGAUUCCUGACUCCCUGAGGCAAAUGGAGGGAGAUUGUAGAGGUACAAGAAGGUGCAAUAAUUACCAGAAUCAAUUCCGAUGUAAUGCAGUAGGUCAUCAGAGGGAAAAACAAAAAUGAUUCAGUGUCUCUCGGGAAAGGCAACAGAAUACAGGAUUUUAUGGGGAAUUUAAUUACACUUUCAGUAUCCCACGUUUAAUUCUUGUCCCAACAAUCACCAAAGGAAUUGUAAAGAGCUGUACUUCCCUCCCUUCCCCCUCCCAGUUCCAUCUAUCACCUGUUGCAUUGUAUUUCUUUCUCCCCUCCCCCUACCUUCUUAUUCUGGCUUCUGCCUGUAGCAAGGAGCUAUUUGAUUCACACGACCAUGCAGUGUUCUUCAAGCUUUUCACCCAUAGAGUCAGAAAAUCAAGUCUUAGGCGCAGGAACAUUUUGUACGUGAUUGAUAACUUAUAUAGGGGAUAUUAAAUUGUGCAAUAAACUGUUCAAGUUCAGGGUAAAGAGAAAUAUUUAAUGAUUUUAUUAAAUCCCUCGGUCAUCACAAGAUCUGGUUCACGAAUCACUUUACUCGGAUGACUGUUUACACUUGCUUAAGUAGUAUCUCUCAGGUUUCUUGUUGCAAAACACUGUAGCACCAGUCCUGAAGUCCUCAGUGUGAUUAAUGAUUGCAAAGCAGCAUUCUUAAAGGACUUGAAUCACUUGGACAGCACAGGCAGUGGCCAUGUGUUCACAGUGCCUGUGCCAGCUCUUUUAGGGUAGGAAGCUCUUUGAUUACAUUUGCUCUCACAGCCCUUGCAUAUAUUUAUGGAAUGCCUUUUGGAAAGUUACUGUUGAACCUGCUCUUGUCACCCUUUGCACGGUAAAGAUUUUACUGAGAUAAGUGAACAGAUGGUCUGUUUUAUGGUGAUGUUUGGAUCAAUGUUAGGCAGGGCACUAGAAACAUUGAUAUGGCAUCUAUUAUCGGAAAAUAUGUGAAUCCUAGAUCACAACACUCUGCUGGGAGGUUUCUGCCAACACAUUGUUGGACCACAUAGAAGUUUCUCUUAAUCAUGAAACAUUUUAAUUGAAUUAGAGUGCCUCCGUUAAGUUUCCCCUCAACUUUCUCCACUCUCUAUGAAAGUAGAUUAUAUAUUGUAUAUUUAUAUAUUAUAUAUAAAAUUAAUUAUGUAAUAUAUAAUUAAUGUUAUUUAAUUAUAUAUUACAUAUAGUUAAUGUUAUUUAAUCACAUUCUAUAUAGUUAUAGUUAUAUAUACAGUACUGUGCAAAAGUACAUACAAGAUAGCUAGGGUGCCUCAGAUUUUUGCACUGUACUGUAUUUGGCAACAUGGAGCGGACUGCAACUUUGUGAAUCUGGCAAGAACAAAGGGUGUUGGGAAUGGUGUGUGUGGAGUGCUGCAAGAGGGGUGUGGAACAGUCAGUGGCACAAAUGCAGACGCACCCAACCUGCAGACACAAGGCAAGGUCAUUUGAUUCUGAACAAUUGGUUUAUUGAUCAUUACAGAAUAUCUCUCUGGUGCUUCCUGCUCCCUCCCUUCUUCCAAAACAUGAUUCCCCUUUCCCUGCCCUCUUCCCACUUUCAGUCCACAAUACAGACCCAGAUCAGAAUCAGGUUUAUCAUGACUCACAUAUGUAUAUAUUUCUUUUAUGGCAGCAGUACACAGUGCAAUACAUAAAAUUACUACAGUACUGUGCAAAAGUCCUAGGCUCCCUAGCUGUACGUAUAUGGCUUAGACUUUUGCACAAUACUGUACAUAUACAAUCUAUUUCUAUAGAGAGCGCAGAAAGUAAAAGAUAUAUAAAGAUCUAAGACGCACGGAAGGAAGAAUUCAUCCGUGAUCACUGGUGCUAAAUGUGCAGAUUGAGCACAAGAUAUCACAAAACAUCCUACUGCCAGCUGCUGAGUUUUUGAAGUACAUUCAGGGUUGACACUAAAGCAAAAAUGUUCCUCACAGCGAAUGGCACAAACUUCAGUGAGCUGAGUGCCAAGAAAGUCAGUUUUAUGAAGAGAGUGAGGAUUCCUCCCUUGUACACUUCAGCUGAAGCAGAACAAAGCCUCCGCUCCAGUAUCUAUACUGUCACGGCACACUAGCUGUUCGCCGGCAAGCGUGCACUAAAUGAGCUACAACUGACACCCUAAAUUCUCAAAACACUUCUGCUGAGUAUGAGGUUAUUUCAUAACCAAAGGGAGCUGCGAAAUACUGUUGAGUCUACAAGGCUGAUGAUUUGCCUAUUUUAAUUUGAUGUUGAAUGUAGAAAUAUAUUUAAGUAUUAAUUUACAUAAUAUUUAGCUAUAAAACAAUGGGGGAUUUAAAUGUGUCAUAUAAAGUUUGGAAAAAUGCACUGUCUUAAUAAAAUUCACA